CUCAAUUCCUUAUUUGAGGAACAGGUGGAUGAUAAAUUGUGUAUAUACUUGGAGUAUGUUUCGGGUGGUUCCAUCUAUAAACUUCUUCAGGAGUACGGACAGUUUGGUGAAAUAGCCAUUCGUAAUUUUACUCAACAAAUCUUGUCUGGCCUCAAUUAUUUGCAUGCUAAAAACACUGUCCACAGAGACAUAAAAGGAGCUAAUAUACUUCUAGACCCCAGUGGCCGUGUCAAACUGGCUGAUUUUGGGAUGGCAAAGCAUAUUACUGGGCAGUCUUGUCCAUUGUCAUUAAAGGGGAGCCCUUACUGGAUGGCACCUGAGGUGAUAAGGAAUUCAAAUGGUUGUAAUCUUGCUGUUGAUAUAUGGAGCUUUGGGUGUACAGUGUUGGAGAUGGCAACAGCAAAACCACCAUGGAGCCAGUAUGAGGGGGUCGCGGCUAUGUUUAAGAUUGGAAACAGCAAGGAGCAUCCUGCAUUUCCUGAUAAUUUGUCAGAUGAUGGGAAGGACUUCGUGAGGCAAUGCUUGCAACGGAACCCAUCACAUCGCCCUACAGCUGCUGAACUUUUGGAGCACCCUUUUGUGAAAAAUGCAGCUGCACUGGAGAAACCAAUUUUAACUGCUGAGCCUACAGAAGCAACACCUGCAGUUAUGAAUGUAGGAAGAUCAAUGGUAUUAGGAAUUUUCUUUUAUAUGUCAAUGCCACCUUUCAUGCAUUUAAUGUUGUUCCCGUUAUGCACUAAAAAGUUGUAUAUUUGUUAAUGUCUUUUUGCCUACAUUCAAUGGUGAAUUCUGCCCUCUUCAAAAUUGCUUUGCAGUUUGAUGAGCAUUGUAUUCUGAUCUUUGAUGACAUAGUAUUGAAAAUUCAAUGUUUCAUUUUCUCUCAUGCAUAUGAUCUUUGCUAUUUCCAUAAUGUGAAUCUGAUUUACUGAAUGGACCAUAUGUGUUGCAAGAUAUUGGUCAUGAGGGUUUACGAUAGUCAAUUUAAACUUGUAGGCAACUUGGCAUGGAACUGUAACCUUGUUCUUGUGAAUGUACUGUGUGGGGAAGAGAUUAUUUUUCAUCUUUGAAUUAGAGUGUACUGGCACCUACUCAGCUACAGCAUCCCUCCACUGCCACCAACAAUUAAAAGAAAAAGAAUUGCUAUGUUUAACCAGCUGUGCUAGUUAGAGCUUAAUGCUAUAUAAUCUGUUUCCUUUAUAAUGCACUUGUGUGGAUUUUUUUAGUGAUUUCUCUUUCUUUGUCUGCCUGGUCUGUUUUGGCCUACAUGAUCUUAUUGACUUGACUGUGGGGUUGCAAUCUUGGGUCUUCAAUUUGGGCAUUGGGCAUGCAAGAAACAUCGCAGGCUUUGAAUCAGAAGGGGUUGCGAUCCAUCAAUCCAGAGGCUCAAAAACUGGUGCAGGGUUGAGUGAAGUCCAUGCACCGAAGAAUGCGUCAUGUCCGGUUUCACAUAUUGAGAGCCCUCUUCUGAAUUCAAGGUCCCCACAACAUAUGAGUGGAAGUCUAUCUCCAUCUCCUAUAUCUAGCCCUCAUACUGCAUCUGGUUCAUCCACACCUCUUACUGGUGGUAGUGGUGCAAUCCCAUUUCAUCACCUAAUGCAGUCAGCAACUUACUUGCAAGAAAGCAUGGGAAUGAUCCCAAGGUCCCAAAACAUUUUGUAUACCAAUGGCAAUAAUCCAUAUCAGGAGCCCAAGCCUGAUCUAUUUCGAGGGAUGUCACAAGCCUCUCAUGUUUUUUGAGAGAGGAUUUCAUCAGAUAAUGGUGCCUCUGAAAACCAGUUUGGACGACCUGGCCAUGGGGACCCCAGGGAACUUUAUAAUGGGCAGCCUGUACUAGUUGAUCGUGUGUCUCAACAGCUCUUAAGGGAUCAUGUGAAGUUGAAGCCAUCCUUGGACCUGAAUCCAAGCUCGCCAAUGCUUGGUCGCACCAAUGGAAUCUAGCAUGCACUGGAAGCCUUGGUCUAAGAACAGUUUCCAGGCAUUGUAUAUGCCAUCCAGUGCUUCAUUCAUAUUUUUAUUAUAUUCAUGAGCCAAAAUAUUUCCAAUACGUCCCUUAAAAGUAAAGGUAGUGAAUAAGUUGGAUCCUAUGGAAGCUUGAAUGGCGGAAGAUAUUUUUGGAAGCAGAAUCUGAAUGCCUGGUUGCAGAGUUCAUACUGUAAAUAGCUUAUUUGACAUGUAAGGAGAGGAUGAAUAUUUGGCACUUGGCAGCACUCAAAUGAUUCCCUUGUAGUUACAGUUUUUUACGUGACAACUAUACGAUUUCACCUCAAGUAAUUAAUUCAGCAUCUUUUCCUGUCAGCUGUAAUGAUUCUGGUCGACGCACAAGUUCAUUUGGGAAUGAAGACUGCUUAAAUAGGAGAUGGCCAAUUCAUCAGCUCCUUGCAAUUGAGAACACAGCAUGCUGGUGUAAAGAACUGUGUAUCUUAUUCCACUUGAAACAGAGAGUUUCAAGAGCUAUUAUCAUUUCUGGGCUCUGUUGCCUUUUCAUUUCCUUUCACUAUUUUUUGGGUUGGUGGGAGUUAAAAAACCUUGUACAGCAAGUUGGGAAUUAAGAAGUCCAGAGUAACGGUUGCGAAUCUGCCAGGCUUGAUCUUUUUUUAUUAUUUUGCCCCUUUCUGUAUCAGUUUAUAGCAGGUCAAAAACAGAACUGUUGGCUGCACUGCUGAUAUUGUUGUAUCUACUUCAUACCUGCAACAAAUUGAAGAAAUCUAAUUUAACCUUUGUAUUUA